AUGGCAACACGAGCACGACAGUCGACCGUCCAGCCCACACCUUCGAGACAGUCAAAUGCCGGGACUGGUCGUGCUAUAGCAGGCACCAGCAACACUGAAUUGCCUGAAUACGAACCGCCCGAGUUCUCCCUCAACCCGGCCGCGCAACGCGCACUCGCCCAACUCGCACGAACACACAACGGAUCCAAAUUGAACGACCGCCUAGACAGCGCCCAUACACAUGUCACAGAAGCAGCCACGGACAUCAAUGAUGUACUUUUCGAGAGGGUUCAGAGUCUGCAGAGAGUGAAGGAGAAGCGCAGGCGGGCAGCCGAAGAUGCAGACGAAGAGGACGACGGAGAAGAUGGGACGCUAAAUGAGUUGGAAGAAGAUUUGGCACAAAUGAGCAACAAGGUCAAAGGCAUGACAGAUCGCAUGGAGCAGAGGAUUCGCAAGAUUGUGGAUGCCAAGCACGCGGUGAAGCACAUGGCGGACGCUGUCACCGCAACUGCAGACGAUGCGAGGACCAAUGCUAGCACUCAAGCAAGCACUCUGAAUACGAGGUCGCAGCGGACGAGAAGACGGCAGAAUGAUGAAGACGGAGAGGAAGAGUCGGAUGGCGAGGAGUUGCCCGAUUUCGACCCUACCGAUCCUGCAGCUGGCACUGCACCUGUGAAUCCACCGCUUGAUGUCUUCAAUAAGAGAUUGGAGGAGAUGAAGACCCGAUAUCAGUCGUUCAAUCACACCACCAGAUACGCGGAGGAUAACGACUACAGAACCUUCAAACGAGCAGUACACGACGCUCAGUACCGAGACGAUGAAGUUCCUCUACCUCACUAUACGGAGUGGUUCAACGAUGAUGGCACAGUCGCAGCUCUCGGAGUGACGAACGCAGAUGGGGACGACGAUUCAGAUGACGAUAUUGCGGUCAGUCGAGCGACGAUCAGCACGAAAUGCUCGCUCAGUCUCAGAGAGUUCGAACACCCCAUCACCUCCACAAAGUGUCCGCACAGUUUCGAGAAGGUACACAUCCUCGAAUUCAUCGGCAACUCAGCUCAACGCAUGCCACCUGUCAAUGGGCGUCCUGGCGAGAAGGCCGUGCAAUGUCCUGUUGGUGGUUGUACACAGAUGCUCUCGAAGAGCGAUCUAAAGGUGGAUCCCAUUGUCGUCAGGAAGAUCAAGCGACUGCAAAAAGCCAGAGAGAUGGAGAUGGAGGAAGAUGAGGAAGACGACGAUCGGCCUACGAAUGGUACUCAGCACAGGGCCCAUCAAAUCAUUGACGAUAACGACGAUGACGAGGAAGAUGCUACGAAUAUCGAUGGUAUGGAUGUUGAUGACCCACCAGUCAACCCCAAGCAAGAGCCGCGAUCUUCCAGACCUGGACCUUCUGAACCGCCACGGCCGUCGCAAGCCGUUGACCUGCUGGAUGACGACGAUGAGGAAGAGGACGAAGAGGAGAGCAUGUACGACUAG